AGAGAGAAAGAGAGAAAGAAGAAGAGAGGGUAGAGAGAUUGUAUGCGAUUCGAGGUGGCUACCACAAACGAAGAAGGAGAGACGCUCAACGGUCGUCUCCAAUCGUUUCUGUCGUCACUGUUGACGAGCAUUGGAGGAGUCUUUGGCCAUUCUCAGGAAGAAUCAGAGAUGGCUUCAAGACCUGCUGCUCCCAUAGAAGACAAGCAGAAGAAUGCACCAGCAGAAGGAAGAAAUCGCAGAGCGCUGAGAGAUAUUGGAAAUCUUGGGAAACAUGUCGAAGGGAAGCCUCAAACUAACAACGCCACUCGCCCCGUUACAAGGAGCUUUUGCGCAGAAUUGCUAGCAAACGCACAAGCACAUGCAGAGAAGAACCGGAAACCACUUGCAGAGGUUGUCAAUGGAGGGGCUGCUCUUAGAGUUGCAGCAGGAAAAGGGAAACCUGCUAUGAUGUUGGGGGCUCAAAACAAGACGGCAAGUCCUGAAAAAGGAGCUGAGAGCAAGGAAAGAAUAACCGUUACUGGACAAAAAUCAAGUGAGAGGUCAUCAAAGAAGAAAGCCAAGGCGGCGGCAUUCUCUUCAAUCCUCACAGCUAGAAGCAAGGCUGCUUGUGAGGUUGCUAAUAAACCAAAGGAUCCAGUGGUGAAUAUUGAUGCAGAGGAUGCUAAUGAUGAAUUAGCAGUAGUGGAAUAUGUGGAUGAUAUCUAUAAGUUCUACAAGCAUACAGAGGAUGAGAAUCAAAUUGUAGACUACAUGGGUAAACAGAAAGACAUGAAUGGCAAAAUGAGAUCAAUUCUUGUGGACUGGCUAAUUGAAGUUCAUAACAAAUUUGAGCUCAUGCCAGAGACCCUUUAUCUUACUAUAAACGUUGUUGAUCGAUACCUGUCAAUGAAUUUUGUUUCGAGGAAGGAGCUUCAGCUAGUUGGCAUUGGCUCGAUGCUCAUUGCCUGCAAGUAUGAGGAAAUUUGGGCACCAGAGGUGGAUGACUUUGUCUGCAUAUCAGACAAGACCUAUACCAAGGAGCAAAUACUUGUCAUGGAGAAAUCAAUCUUGGGAAAGUUGGAAUGGCACCUAACAGUUCCUACGCCAUAUGUCUUCCUCGUUCGGUAUAUCAAGGCUUCUGUUUCGCCAGACAAGGAGAUGGAGAACAUGGUGUUUUUCCUUGCUGAACUCGGUCUGAUGCACUACUCUACCGUAGUACUCUACCGCCCCUCGGUGAUUGCUGCUUCUGCAGUUUAUGCUGCCCGCCUUACCCUUGACAAGAACCCUUCCUGGAGUGAAACACUAAAGCACCACACAGGCUAUUCUGAAGAUCAACUAAUGGAUUGUGCAAAGCUCUUGGUUAGCUUUCACUUGGGAGCUGCAGAAGGCAAGCUGAAGGCUGCGUACCGUAAGUUCUCGAAUCCAGACCGGGGCACAGUGGCACUUCUGCCACCAGCAAAAACUCUCUUGGCUGCUGCAGAGUGAAGAUUCUUCCGAGGCUCUUUUGGGGGUGAUCUUAAUAUAUAAGAUGUUUGUGUUGCCACUCAGUGAGUGUGUGGGUAUUUGGAGAUCACUCUUUUGAUGAUCUAAGUUAGGGGUGAUAUUUGAUAGUGGUGUGAGUUAUUCUUUUGGUUUAGUAAGAUAUGUGUUAGCCCUGUGACUUGGCCUCUAAUUUGAUUUAUGACAAGUAAAAUUUAUAUUCGUUCAUUCA